CAUUCUCCUGCUUGCUCUUUGCUAAGCUACAGCUGGUUCGCCACAACACAGCCUGAGACCAAAGCUAAUGCUCGUUAGCAUAGCUACCGACGACGGCGGAUAAACGGUUUUCCCGUAACUAACGUGAUGUCACAGUGCUUUCCCUGCAAGAUUUGUAACUGAACAUUAGCUUCGAGCUAAUAUUUAGUCUUCCACUGAGAAGACUCAGGAACUCAGGCCUCUGUGCACUGAUCAUGAUGGAGAAAACGUUUAUGGAAACCAGGGGCUACACAUAUAAGGCCGCCCUUGCAGAAGGAUCGUUUGGUAAAGUUGUAAAAGCAGAGUCAAUUCAUCUGAAGAAAAUAGUCGCCAUAAAGGUUAUUGGCCUGAACAAAUACACCACCGUCAACAGAGAAAAGUUUGUCACUCAGGAAAAAGAAAUUAUUAGAACUUUAAAGCAUCCCAACAUCGUCAAAACCUAUGAUGUGUUUGAGUCUCGCUCAGAAAUGGUCUACGUGGUGAUGGAGCUUUGCCCACAAGGAGACGUCGCUAAGCUCAUUUCAACCAGAGGGCCUCUGGAUGAAUGUUUCAGCUGCCGACUUUUCAAGCAGCUGUGUCUGGCCAUUGAGUAUCUUCACGGAAUUGACAUUGCUCACAAAGAUAUCAAGUGUGAAAACCUUCUUUUGGACAUGCACUAUAACCUCAAACUGUGUGACUUUGGCUUCAGCGAGAAGGUCACUUACAACCAGGGCAAAUUGGUGCUGAGUGACACCCACUGCGGCACCUUGCAAUACGCGGCACCGGAGAUCCUGAAGAACCUCCCGCACAACUCAAAGAUCUCUGACGUGUGGAGCAUGGGCGUCGUGUUGUACAAGAUGCUCUGCGGGUCGCUUCCUUUCACCACCACCAACACGACAAAACUAGUGCAGCUUCAACUGAAGCAUAACAUCAAGUUCCCGACCGACCCGUCCAUUUCAAGUCUGGCGAAAGAGCUGAUUCACAGUAUUCUGCACCCGGUGGUGGACCAUCGGAUCACAGUGAGCAGGAUGCUAGAGAGUCCGUGGAUGGUAAAGGCGAUGGAGGAAGACAGUGACGAGGGGACAACGGCGAGUCAGAUGGCGAGUCAGACAGCGAGCCAGACGGCGAGUCAGUCGGCGAGCCAGACGGCGAGUCGGACGCCGAGUCAGACGGCGCCUGCAAGUGAAAUCAAAGAGGAUUAGCUAACAAUAAAUAACUCGGACGCAUUGAAAGGACUUUCCACUGCCGUCCCAUGAGAACCCCCCAAUUUCAGGAUUGUUCAGCAUUGAAUAAAUGUGAACCUUCUUCAUUGGACUGGAUGGUGGUUUGGUUUUUACGUGCGGUGGAGUGAAGCAAGAAAUUUGCUCCAUCCUGGCUUCUUUUGUUUUCUGUUUGUUGUUGUAAAAUAAAUAAACUUUCUU